UGGCGAGUUUUGGUCGAAGACCGAAGCGAUGGAUUUAAUAAAUGAACUGCCAGCAGAAGUGAAGGAAAGGGUUUUGGAGUGCUUGCCUACUCGAGACGCUGCCAGAACUGCUUUGCUCUCAACUCACUGGAAUGAGGUUUGGUUGCGGCAUGGGCGGCUUGUGUUCGAUCAGGACUUCUUGAAAUGCCUCUCAAAGUAUGAAGGUGAGAAAGAUGUAAAGGGAUCACUAAUAUUGAGAUCAGCAGCCCAAAACUUGAAAGAUAUACUGUUAUUGGUUCUCUGUUUUGGAGGAAGAUUGAUGAAUCCAGAUGGUUUAGAUUUAUUUGAAAACAAUUAAGACCCUUUGCUUGAGUGCCUGUUUGU